AUGUCAGCACAGGAAUACUACGGCGGCACCCGCCAAAACACACACACCCCGGGCUCCUCAUCCUCCCGCCACAGCCAACACCUAUCCGCAGGCCCCCUCGUAGACAAAGCAGGCUACCGCCCCCGCUCCGCAAACUCGGAACGGCCCCGCUCCUCCUUCUCCUCCCUCGGCGUCCCGGGCUCUUCUUCCUCUUCACACCACCGCUCCCGUUCCACGGGUCCGCCAGGCUACGACGCCCAGCUCGGCACAGGCCAAGAAGGCGAACGCGGUCUCAUCUCCACCAUCGGCGGCGGCGCAGCCGGAGGCUACGCGGGGAAGAAGUUCCUCGGGGGUACACUCGGCGCCGUGGCGGGUGCCUUGGGCGGCGCCGUCGUCGCGAACAAGCUCGAGCACAGGUUGAGCGGGAGUCACCACGGCCACCAUGGCCACCAUGGCCACCACGGCCAUCACGGCCACCACUACCCGCCACCGCCGCCGCCUGCCCCUCAUCACUACGGCGGCCAUCACCAUCACCACAGCGGUCCACCCCCGCCACCGUACGGCGGUCAGUACUACGGCCCGCCGCACCAUGGCGGCGGCAGCCACCACUCCUCCGGCGGACUCGGGGGCCUGGUCGGGUCGCUGAUGGGUCGUGAAAAGCAACACGGACAUCAUUACGGGGGUGGUCACCAUGGCCACCAUGGCCACCAUGGCCAUCACGGAGGCUGGUAG